AUGGGGCAAGGGGUUGACAAAUGGUUGUGGCAAUCGGGUACAGUUACAGAGUCAUUUCGGGUCUGUGAUCUACGGAGGGAACUUGACUGCAUGCCUACCAUUCCUGAAACAAGAGUACUAAAGUGGAUAAGUUGGUUACCGAAAAAAAUAAAUUGUUUUUUGUGGAGAGUAGUACUAGAUGGUAUACCAACACGGGAAGCCUUAGCCACAAGGCGCGUCCCGAUAUCAUCCAUCAGAUGCGUUAUGUGCAGCAGGUCAGUCGAGUCGGCAGAUCAUCUACUCAUCUCGUGCGAGUUCGCUCAUCAGGUUUGGGUAGCUAUUUCGCAAUGGAUAAAAGUUCCUAUGCCGAGGUACAUGCUUAGCGUUAUUGAGACACUUGAAUACCUUGAUAAUCUGCAACAAACGAAUCAAAUGAAAAGGGCGGCGUAUCUUAUUGUGGCUACAGCCUGCUGGUCUAUUUGGCUAGCACGAAACCAGCUAAUAUUCAAAGGAACAGUUCCGCAACUGUCAAAAAUAGUAGGCGAAAUAAAGGCCCUAUCAUUUUUGUGGAUUAACUCAAGGGUGGAAUCAAUUAAGCUGGACUGGAAGGAAUGGAAAGAGUUCAAAGUGGCUUGGGCAUCUAGAUUGUAA